CUUCCUUCUACUUCCCAACUACUCCACCAGUUCUCGGGGGCUUUUUUUCGGCCUUUUUCUUUUCUUGUUCUUUUGAAGAAUUAUAUUAUUUUUUACCUGCAGGUCGCAUGGGGAUCAUCUCAUAAAUCCUGAUAACACUUGAAUCUUUCUUAUCCUAAGUCAAGGUUUAUCGAGACGGCCGUCAGCAUCCCGCGCGAACAUAUCCGGCAGCCCAUGGAGCGCUUUAACAAGAGUGCCUUUUAGUUUUAUUACAUCGAUCGCUACCGCUCACCGUCGGAUUUAUAGACUCUUCUGAUCGCCAAGAUGGGUGUUCCGGCUUUGUUCAGAUGGCUCUCCAACAAAUACCCCAAGAUCAUUUCCUCAGUGAUCGAGGAGCGUCCUUAUGAGGUCGACGGGGAGGAGAUUCCGGUGGACGCCACCGGUCCCAACCCGAAUGGAGAGGAGAUGGAUAAUUUGUACUUGGAUAUGAACGGUAUCGUUCAUCCUUGUACCCAUCCAGAAGGCAAACCGCCCCCGGAGAAUGAGCAGGAGAUGAUGGUCGAGAUCUUCCGCUACACGGAUCGCGUGGUGAACAUGGUCCGCCCUCGGAAGCUCCUCAUGAUUGCUGUUGAUGGUGUCGCCCCGCGCGCAAAGAUGAACCAGCAACGUGCACGUCGAUUCCGUUCCGCCCAGGAGGCCAAGGAGGCGGAUGAGAAAAACGAGGAGUUCCAGAAGCUGCUGGCGAAACAGAACGCCAACAAGGUCGACCACGAUAUCCAGGAACAGGUCAUCAAGAAGACAUGGGAUAGCAAUGUGAUCACCCCGGGUACGCCGUUCAUGGAUAUUCUGGCGGCAUCCUUGCGCUACUGGAUUGCCUACAAGCUCAACACGGAUCCCGCGUGGGAGAAGAUGAAAAUCAUCAUUUCCGACGCGACCGUCCCCGGAGAAGGAGAGCAUAAGAUCAUGGAGUUCGUCCGAUCGCAGCGAUCCUCCCCCGACCACGAUCCGAACACCCGCCAUGUGAUCUACGGCUUGGAUGCAGAUCUGAUCAUGUUGGGUCUCGCCACGCACGAACCGCAUUUCCGAGUGCUGCGCGAAGACGUCUUCUUCCAGGAGUCUAAACCACGCACGUGCAGAAUUUGCGGUCAACCGGGCCACAAGGCAGAGGAAUGCAGAGGGCAGGCGAAGGAGAAGAAUGGCGAGUUCGAUGAAAAGGGGAAGGGCACUGCCCUCAAGCCCUUUAUUUGGCUCCACGUCUCCAUCCUCCGCGAGUAUCUUGCCGCCGAGCUUUUCGUUCCGCACCAGAAAUUCCCCUUCAACCUGGAGCGCGCGUUGGAUGACUGGGUCUUCAUGUGUUUCUUCGUAGGAAACGAUUUCCUCCCGCACUUGCCGUCCUUGGACAUCCGGGAGAAUGGUAUUGACACCCUGAUCGCGAUCUGGCGGGACAACCUCCCGCUGAUGGACGGUUACGUGACGGAGGAUGGACAUGUCAAUUUCCCGCGCGUCCAGUUAAUCUUGCAAGGGCUCGCCAAGCAAGAGGAUGCCAUCUUCCGCCGUCGACGACAGGGCGAAGAACGGAGGGCGGCGAAUGAGAAGAGACGUAAGGACGAAGAGAAAGCCCGAAAUGAGGAGCGGUCGAAGCGUCGGAGACGGAGCUCCCCGAGUUACGAUUCGCAGGAGCCACUCUCGGGCCCGCGGGCCCGAGGCGGCGGAGACAACGCCGCUCCCAGCGGGAUCGAGCUCAUCACCCCGGCCCGUGGGGAACUGCCCCGGCAGACGCGAGAGCUCACUCAGAGCAUGGUGGGCAGCCGCGGAGCGGUCUACAAAGCGAACGAGGCCAACAAGAGUGCCGCUGCCGUCCUGAAGAGCAGGCUGAUGAAAGGCCCGCAGGAGGAGCAGCCCUCGGAGGAUUCCGAGACCCCAACGGCGAAUGCGGACGAGACCCCAGGCGAUGACCAAGAGCCGGGCGACCCGGUGGUCCUUGGUAAACGAAAGGUCGACGAAAGCCAAAAGAAUACGCCAGAGACGGCGAAGAAGGAUCCCAACAACAACACUGGCGAUGAUGGCCUCCCACACGAUACCGUCCGCCUGUGGGAGGAAGGAUAUGCCGACCGAUACUACGAGCAAAAGUUCGGUGUCGAUCCCGAAAACAAGGAAUUCCGCCACAAGGUCGCGCGAGCCUAUGCCGAAGGUCUGGCGUGGGUGCUCCUGUAUUACUUCCAAGGGUGCCCGUCGUGGACCUGGUACUAUCCCUACCAUUAUGCUCCCUUUGCCGCCGACUUUGUGGACAUUGGGGACAUGGAGGUCUCCUUCGACAAGGGCACCCCGUUCAAGCCCUAUGAGCAACUGAUGGGUGUCCUGCCGGCUUCGUCGAACCACGCCAUUCCCGAAAUCUUCCACGACCUCAUGAGCAACCCGGAGAGCGAGAUCAUCGAUUUCUAUCCGGAGGAUUUCGCCGUCGAUCUGAACGGCAAGAAGUUCGCCUGGCAGGGUGUCGUCCUCCUGCCGUUCAUCGACGAGAACCGUCUCCUAGGCGCGAUGCACAAGAAAUACCCCCAACUUACCGACGAGGAAAGACUCCGCAACGAGAUUGGACGGGACGUCCUGUUAUUGUCCGACCGGCAUCCCCUUUACCAGGACCUAGUGGCCAACUUCUAUUCCAAGAAGCAGGGCGAUCCCAAGCACAAGCUGAACCUGCGGAUCAGCGAGGGGCUGGCCGGGAUCGUCGAGCGGAACGAGUCGUACAUCCCGCACAGCUCCCUGGUGUCCGCCCUCGAGGGAUACGGUAUGCCGUCGCUGGACGAAGAUCACUCUUUGAUGGUCGACUACGACGUUCCCAAGUCCAAGCACACCCACAAGUCCAUGCUCCUUCGAGGUGUCAAGUUCGCGGCGCCCGCGCUCGACAAUGGAGACAUCCAGGCUGUCAAGAACCGCGCCCAGCAUUCCGGCCGAUCGUUCGGCGGAGCGCCCUUCCGCGGCGGCCGAGGUGGCCGCAUGCACUACGGCGGCGGCGGCGACCGCCACAAUGACCAGCACUCCAACAACGGCGGUCACAACCGUGCGAACCCCUUCGCCGCUCAUCUCGAUCCGAACUUCGUGCCCGGCAACAACCCCGGUGGCCAGAUGAUGCCUCAGGCCUGGGGUGGUGCUCCAGGAGCCGGGUCCACUGGGUUCUCUCGAGGCCCGCCGCCACCUCCCCGUGGCGGUCGCUACAAUGGCUAUUCCCGGGGAGGAGGCUCUUACGACGGCGGCGCAUCGCAGUCGCAUCCGCGGGGUGACUAUUACGGUCGGGGUCAGCAGGGAUAUUACUCGCAGUCGCAGUCGUCGCAACAGUAUCCCCAGUCCGGCUACACCGACCCUUACACCGGGCGACCCUCUCACAACUACGGUGGUCAAGGGUCCCGCGGCGGUGGAUAUUCCCGUGGCGGACAGGAUCAAUAUGGCUCUCGGAAUUCGGGUGGGUAUGGUCGGUACUAGAGACGAAGACGUGUAUAUCUAGUUGAUUUUCUUGCUCUUUCUUUCUUUUUUUUUAUUUUGAUUUUGGGAGGACACGAUGCUUGCUAUGACUACCAUUGUUAAUGGUAUUUGAUUACGGGUUCGAUCGAUUUGGUCCAACCUCGUAUGAAUCAAUGAAUCCACGAAUCGCUUCAUCCAUCCGUGCUCAGAAAUAAAUAGUAAAAUACGCAAAAUAAAAGCACACAAUAGGGGUCAAAAUA